UUUUACUGUAGUUUUUUUCAGUCUUAGUUGAAGAAACUAUCUUUGAUCUGUUUCUUUUCAUUGAUAAAAAUGUCUUCUUUUUGCCUAUAUCAGUGUGACUAGUGAUCAAUGGGCGGGUUUUAGUUACGUAUUAGGGUUUGUUACAGUUUUUGCUUCUGCAUUGCCUUUUUCAGUGUGAUUAUUUGAACAAUGAGAAGCUUUCAGUUAGUUUUUUUUUAGCGUUUAGUAGCUAGUUUGGUCAUUCUUUGGUAAAAGAACCUCUGUUUCAGUGUGAUUAGUGAACCAUGAUGAGAUUUUAGCUAGUUUGGUCAUUCUUUGGUAGAAAAAAACUCUGUUUCAGUGUGAUUAGUGAACAGUGAUGAGAUUUUAGCUAGGCCAGAGCGUUUAAACCUCUUUUAGCUUGGUCAUUCUUUGGUAAAUAAGCUAUCACAUUGGUUGGUUAGCCACAAACUCAUCUUAAAUUUGCAUAUGUUUCUCUUUUUGUCAUUGAUGAUUGAUGAAACUUUCUUCUUUUUGCUAUUUCUUUGAUAAAAAAUCUCUUCUUUUUCAGUGUGAAAAGUGUUACCUCGUAGGGUAUUGUUUAGCUUGCUUUGAUAUGUUUCCAUUUUUGCUUGUGAACUACAUGUUUGCAGGGUGAGUAGUGAACAGUGAAGAGCUUUUAGUUACGGAUUUUGCUUGUGCAUUGCCUUUUUCAGUCUGAUUAGUGAACAACUGAUGAGCUUUUAGUUUUGUUAUUCUUCUCUAAAUGCAUUCUUUUUUACUUUGUUUCUUUCGUUGAUGCCUCUAAUUUGUGAAAAUGUGUCCCCUUCUUAAUGUUCUUACCAUCUCCUGUUCAUAUUCAUGAUGUAUUAACAUUGAACCUUGCAAAUUUUCAGGGUUAAGUAACUGCAGAUGGCACUCCCACCCUAUGAUCCCAAGUUCACAAUGGCAUUCCAAUUCGACGACGAGCCAGAGAUUGAGAUUGAGACUGACCAUGAGCACGAUGAGUCUGCUUCUGCUGCUAUCGUAGCUGCUGAACUGAUCAGCUCUGCACGGCUUGCACUUAAGCUGGAUACUGUCCAUACUGAGUACUCAGCUCAGUAUUUGGUGGACAAUGCUCCUAGCUCACACAGGCGCAAGCUCACUGUCAAAGGCUGCCUUGAGUAUGCGUUAAAGAAAGGCAUACCGAAAGCAGAAGAUUGGCCACAGUUGGGAUCUGUGUCAAAGCCUUCAUCAUCGUACAAACCUCCUCUCGUUUCCAUGAAAGGACAAGUCAUUGAGCCUAAGAAUAUGGAUCAAGUACGUGACUUGUUGGUGCAUCAACCCGUGGGAGCAAAACUGCAUGUGUUCAGUCCACACGUUGAACUUCAACAAGACGGAAUUUACUGUGGUUCGUCAGGUGAACCAGCAACCUAUGUUGGGCUUAGAGAUGGGAUCGUUCUUAAAGUUGAGAAGAUCUAUGGAAAGUCCAUCGCAACAGUGAAGAUAUGGUACAAGCAGAAGUUCAUAUUUCUGAAAGUGGCUUUGAGCAGAAUGUUUUUUCACAACGGUCGUGGCCCAGGGCAGCCGGACAUAGGGCCAACGGUUCUGCUUGUUGACUUUUGUGUCCCACGCCUAUCCAUCGAUUAAGCAUCAUCUGUUAUCUUAAUAAGUAUCUAGGAUACAAUGUGCUACUAGUGGAAGGAUAUGUUUCUGGAGACUUUUUUUAAUAUGUAAUGUAAGACCCUUAAGAAGUUGAUCUCUACUUUCUAAAGACAUAUUUUGGAUGA